AAAUUGUGCUGUAGUGCGUACGUAUGGAAAGAGACUCUCGAGGUUCUCCAGGGCAAUCCUGACACUUAACUUAAAAUCUGGGUUGCUUAAGGGAAAAUAAUUAUGAAGCACAAAUGUAAAAGCAUAGACUAAUGAAUUCCAGGGAGAGUGCUUCAACUUUGUCGAUAGCAGCUGUAAAACUUGAUUUAACUCAAUAGCUGUGAGUACACAGUGUUUCCUGACAAGAUAGCAACUAGAAUGAAUGGUGAGGUUUUCUGUGGUGUCUCCUCACUAAUGCAUAGCUCUUCUGAAUCUAUGUGCAGAGUGGCAGAGAUGCUCAUAUCCUCUGUGGAAGCUGUUUUAAAUGUGCUUUCAACAUUUAACUACACUGACAUGUUAGACUAUCUAUCUACUGAAAUUUAUACAUACUUUGUUUUUUUUUUAUCUCCCUCCCUUCUCCCUCUCCCCAGUCCUAAUCUCUCUCUUCGAACAGAAGUCAAGGAGCAACCACACAGCAGCAAUUGGCCUUGUCACGACCUGUUUCUGUAAGGAUAUACCUAUCAGCUGUGUUCCUGAAGGAGGAAUCCUGUUAUUGGAAUCAGAAGCUAAAAGAUAAGGCUAAUAGUUUGGAAAGAGCGACGACUUUUUCUCAAAUCAAUCUCCAGUUCACAGAUAGCAGGAGGCCCAUGACCUAGGAGUAGCAAUCAACGCAAGAUUCAAUUCUCAUUAUGUUAUUCAUGAACACCCGGGGCACUACACUAUAAUGCGCAAAUGGAUACUGACACGGAUCCUGCCAACUCUGCUCUCCAGAUCAUGCUUCCACCUCGUCUGUCUAGUGGGCACAAUAUCUCUAGCCUGCAAUGACAUGAGUCCCGAGCAAACGGCUACGAGUGUGAACUGUUCCAGCCCUGAGCGACAUACCAGAAGUUAUGACUACAUGGAAGGAGGGGAUAUAAGGGUGAGAAGACUGUUCUGUCGAACCCAGUGGUACCUGAGGAUUGACAAACGAGGCAAAGUGAAGGGGACCCAGGAGAUGAAGAACAGCUACAACAUCAUGGAAAUCAGGACUGUGGCAGUUGGAAUCGUGGCAAUCAAAGGGGUGGAAAGUGAAUACUAUCUUGCCAUGAACAAGGAAGGGAAACUCUAUGCAAAGAAAGAAUGCAAUGAGGACUGCAACUUCAAAGAACUGAUUCUGGAAAACCAUUAUAACACCUAUGCAUCAGCUAAAUGGACACACAGCGGAGGGGAAAUGUUCGUCGCCUUAAAUCAAAAGGGGCUUCCUGUCAAAGGGAAGAAAACGAAGAAAGAACAAAAAACAGCCCAUUUUCUUCCUAUGGCAAUAACCUAAGUGUACAUGGUAUUUGAGAAACCAGUUUCAUUCAGCAGGGAGAUUUCUUUCCAGUGGACUUUUCUUCUCUCUCUCUCUCUCUCUCUCUCUCUCUCUCUCUCUCUCUCUCUCUCUCUCUCAGUAACCAAGAAAGGCUGGAAAACUACUGAAAAACUGAUCAAGCUGGACUUGCGCAUUUUUGUUUAUUUUAAAAGACUGCAUUAAAGAAAGAUUUGAAGAAUAUACACAAAAAUCAGAUUUAGUAAAAGUUGUAAAAAGUUGUAAAAGUGGUUGUACAAUCGUGAUGUUAGUGACGUGAUAUUUUUCUUAAAUUAAUUUACCCUUAAGAGUAUGUUAGAUUUGACUAUCUGAUAAUGAAUAUUUAAUAUCACUAUCUGCUUAUAAAAUGGCUGCUAUAAUAAUAUUAAUAAUGCAGAUGAUGUUAUAUAAGGUAUGUCAGACCUAAAGGCUGCUGGGAUGCUUUGUCAGAUGUUCAAGCCCCACACAAACUAUAGACGAUGAGCAGUGUUUGAAAGCUUUCCAGUGAGAACUAUAAUCCACUUCAGCUCUAUUCAGAAAAAUGGAUGUUCUCAACAUUUUAUUGUAGAAUAGAAUCUACAGGUGGUUUUACAAAAUCACAGGCUUGGAGCAUGCCUGUACUGAUUAAUAUGAACAAAAAUCCACUCAAAUUGAAAAGGUAUUGCUAACAGGAUGUUUUAAAAAUCUGUAUAUAAAAUAGCAAUAAUGAUGAUAAUAUUGUAUUUCAUCUCACCACAAAAUAACAUUUUAUAAUCCCGUAAAAUAAAUUUCAGAAAUCUUUACAUUUUUUUCAAGUAAAUCUAUCUUUUGUAUAAAUCACAUUUGGGAACACAACUUUUAGUAAUGCUCUUCCCACAAAUAAUCAUGCUUAUUUUCCCUCUGUGAUUACAGCAUUAAACUCUACUUUAAGUUGUAUUUGAAUUUUAUUGUUUUGUUAUUUAAGUUUAUGUUAUUUAUAAAGAAAAAAAACCUUAA